AGAUGUCAGAUUCCUCUCACGGAAAAAAUAGCGUUUUGUUUAGAGGCAUUGAAUUUUCACAAUAAUGAAAGCUACACUACACACUACUCUCUCUACUCUCCUCUGCUUCUCUCUGCAAUAUUUACUCUCUCCGUAUUUAUCUGACCUCUUUCACAUGACUAUCCUGCAACCAAACUAACAGACAAAACACACCAUACUCUUCCAUUAUUCAAUUCUAUUUACUUUCGUAAUCAACUAAACCCUUUCUUCUCUCUCUCUCUCUCUCUUUCACUAUUGCAUACCCAUUUUACUAUACUGGCUCUCCCAACUAUGGAAGCUUUUACCUUACUCAAAUACUGGCGAGCUGCUGGUCUUGUUGGACUCUCUCCUUCCUCUGAAACCACCACCACCAUCCUCUCCGCCGUAUCUCAAAACGAUAACGCAACCACUGAAAGCGACGAUGAUAACGACGACAACGAAGACGAAGGUCCUUUUUUCGACUUAGAGUUUACUGCACCAGACGAAGAAGAUCAUCUUUCUGAACAAACAAACCCUAACAACGAAUCACAUGAAGACGAAGAUGAAGAAUCUGACGGUGGUGGUGAGUUUAAGAUAACACUUUCCCCUUCAAGCAAAGAACGAAAUGAUGCAAAUCUUUCACUGUCUCCUUCGGAGGAUAUACAGAUAGUUGAGUUGAAACCUUCUUCUUUCCUUCUCAACAACCCUUCCGAACCUAACUCCAAACCUCAGUUCACUGCUUCAUUGCUUAAAUCUGCAACAAAGUUUCGCGUCUUCAUGUCUGGACUUAAGAAACCAAAAACCGAUUCUGUGAUAACACAGAAGAAACAAAAACCAAAUAGAAUCAAAUUCAAAAUUGAAGAAGUUCCUAUUGUUUCACUUUUCACUAGAGACAACAGUUCCAAAGGAAACGUCAACAACAACAAAACCCAAUCGAACCAGAAAGUAGAACAUCAAGCAUUAUCACCUUUGGAAGAGAAACGUUUCUCCAAGGAAGUAGUUAUGCACAAGUAUUUAAAAAUGGUGAAGCCUCUAUACAUUAGAGUUUCUCGUAGGUACAGUCAUGGUGAAAAAGAAGGAAAGUUUGGUUCUGCUUCUACUGACAACAAGGUUGAAGGUGAAGUGGCAAAGGAAGGGGAAACCGUUCCUGAAAGUGAAGAAAACAGUGCAAAGAGUACUCAGAAUCAGAGCCUGAAACAGGGGAAUAUUCCGGCAGGGCUUAGAGUUGUGUACAAACAUUUAGGAAAGAGCCGUUCAGCGUCAGCGGCAGUGGCAGCUUCACCGCCGGCGUUAGUGUCGUCUAAACGCCGUGAUGAUUCACUGUUACAGCAACAAGAUGGGAUUCAAGGAGCCAUUUUACACUGCAAAAGAUCCUUCAAUGCCUCCAGAGAGUGUGAAUCUUCUUCUCAACUAUCACAAGAAUUGUCAAGGAAAAUCUAGUGAGAAAUGUCUUUCAGGUUGAAGAUAAAGGAAAAUGUUUUAGCCUUUAGCAUUUUCUUUAGAAGAUUUAGAUUUAGAUUUUGCACAACAUUGUGGAGAGAAAUAGUCAAAGUAGAGAGUUAUGGGCAUGUAGCAUGAAGAAAAAGCUCUUUCUUUUGUUGAAUGCUUCUUUUUUUAGUUUACCUUGGUAGUGUAAAUUGUAAAGCUCUUCUUUUCAAUAAAGUGAAGGAAGAAUCAUAUCUUUUCGGUUAUGUAAUGUAAUUUAAUUUUAAUGUACGGUUCCUAUUCUUCUUUUGUUUUUUCA